GAUAUUCAACAAAAUAACAUCUACAGCUGAAAACGUCAACACAGGUGCCCGGAAAUUGGACAACUCCGGAAGUCAAUUCGAUUAUCUCCCUUUAUCGUUGAGAACGUUGAGGCGUCCCUGACACCGGAGAGUCUUGUAGUGGUUGUCACAGUUUUGUUGAGUUUCAGAAGGAUAAGCUACUAAAUUUGAGUGAAAAUGCCGAGGAGGGCCUUGAGAUGUGUUGUUGAUCUUAAAAUACGAGCGGUAUCAGCACCAGGUGUAUGGUUAAGUAGUAGAGAAGAUGUUUACCUAAGUAUAAGUCUAUUUGGACAGUACAGAAAUACCAAUUUAGUACCAUCUAUUUUCCCUUUACUAUUUAAAGAAGAUUUUGUUUUUGAAAAGACAUACUACACAGCUCUAGACCCGUCAGAUAUAUCAGACUAUUUAGAAGAUGAAUUAGUUAUAUUUGAACUUCUACAACUGUCAGAGUACUGUGAUGGUGCUGUUCGACUUGGUUCCUACUCAUGUAAUGCUAAAGACUUUCUCUUCCCAUACCCAUCAUUAGCUCCAUGUUAUGCAUCCACUGCAAGAGAAAUAUUGCUUAACAGAACGAUUGACUUCCCAGGAAUUUCUCCAAAGCUGGAGUUUAUCACUGUCACAAAUAUCAAAGAAUCUGUGUCACCUGAGUUGGAUGCAUUAGAUGAGGCUUUAAUGGAUGCAAGGAAAUCAAGAAGGAGAUCAAGAUCAAGGUCAAGAAGUAGGCCUUCAUCCAGAGCCUCUAUGAGGACCUUUGUGCAUGUUGAACCAGAGGAGAAAGCAAAAAGCUACCACCGGCCAACGGUCUCCUCUGUUUGUCAUUCUAGGUCCCCAUCCCCUUACCUCAGGAGCAAGUCACCAGGUCCAAUAACAGACAAUGGAAGACCACCAUUUGUUGUCAGACAUCUGGAUAAAAGUUUAAUCGGGAGAUUACCAGCUGGCUUAGGAAGCUCAAUACUUAAGAAAGGAAAGAAGAAAGGAAAGAGACUCAGCCGACCAUCAAGUGCUAUGUCUGAUACAGCUCUUGGAAUAAGGUCUUCUUCCCCAAAGGCUUGCUAUGUUAUGUCUGAGGAUAAGUGUUCUGUGUGUAAAGCUUAUCGCAGACAUAUGGGAAAACGUUACUGGGGACAUUCCCCAACAUAUCAUCCCACAGGCCUUGUUAUGAAAAAGAAAUAUCCAGAUGCAGGAGAUGAUCCAUUGUACAGAUCUUCUUACGCAGUUAGUGAUGAUGAUGAUUUGGAAGUUGCUGCAUUGACUUCUUCCUUGAAUAGAAUUCGAGCUCGCUCAAGGUCACCAAGUCCAUUUGUCUACAAACCAUCAUUUAGAAGUCGUUACACCUACAGUCCCUUAACAGCAGCAGAAAGGGUCGACUUGAAAGUUCGUAGUGCAUUGAGAAGAAAUAGAUCUUUAGAAAGACUGAAUAUGUUGUCACCAGCAAUUAAGAAAAAGAAAAAGUACAGGUCUCUUUCAAGACUUACGCCAACUUAUAGACCAAGAUAUGUAUCUCUAUCUCGAGAUUCUCUGGAUGAUCUAGCGAUAGAUACAACUCUAGCCGAAAGAAGGAGACCUCAAGUUCAUUUGGACAAUGGUAAAUAUUGGUCAGAGAAGUCAGCUCAGUAUUCAGGAACGUCACACAGACAAGUUUUUAAUGACAGUUUGAGCUCGUCUUACAGUAAAAUGUACAGUAACGCUAAGAAGAAAAUUGUAGUCUAAAUGUUUUUAUUAUUGAGCUAGUAUAAAGUUGUAACAUGCAUCCAAUGCUAUUUUCUAGAUAUGUUAAAAUUCUUAUGCUAUUUCUAGAAUAUUUUUCUUUUCUUUUUUCUCUUUUUUAUUGCAGGGGGGAGGGGAAUUGAGAUUGUUAGGGGAAAUCUUCAGCAUAAUUGAUAAAGUAUUCCCACGAAAGAGUUGGGCUGGUUUUUUUUAAUUCUUUUCAAUAUAAUUUCAAUAUGUUUUAGUAUUUAAAAGACAAAGGAGGUUUUUCAAUAAUAAAAAUGCUUAAUAAAAAUAAAAAUUAGUACCGGGUACUGAAAAAUAGCAUUUGGAUGUUGACACAUUGUUAGAUACAUAUCCUGCCUAAAACUGACUGUGAUAAAUAUUUAUGAAAAUAAUUUUUUAGUUUUAAUUUAUUUAUACAUGUAUUUAAGAUAACUGAUGUUAUAUUUCAACAUUUACUCACUGUUUUAUUUAGUUUGUGAUAGUUUAUCCUGUUGUUUAUAAACUGAUUAAAUAUAUGUAUUUUCUUAAUGAAUUACUUAUUUAUGUUAUUCUUUUAUGAAGAAACAAAUCUGAAUUUAAGUGAUGAUAGUAGUGUUUUAACAAGAUAUAUAGAAUACAUUCAUUGUAUAUGAUAUUUUUAAAACUAACUUUCUUUUUGUAAGUUUUAGAAUUUAGAAUUACUAACAGACUGCAACUCUUUUCACAAAAAAUCUUACGAUUAAAAUUGAUCGUAAGUUAUACUGAAAUGUGUAUGAAUACUCGUAAGUUUUUUAGUGAAAAGAGCCGCUGCAUGCUAAACAUGUUACAAAUGUCCUUUGAACUACCUCCAUUCUGAAAAAUGUUUAAUUAAGAUACUCAAGGAACAUUUUUCAGUUGUAGGGUUUCUGAAAUAAUUGUCAUUUUUAUUAAGUUUCUGCUUUUAACAAGCUUUUGUUUUAAUUGUUUUAGAGUACCAAAGUGAAUAUAUAUUUAUAUUUUAAUUUAUUUGUAUGUUGUAAGUGUGUCUCUGUGCUAUACACUUGUGUAAAUUUCUGAUUUUCUAGUUAAUAAUUCAAGUGAGAUUCCAAAAAAUAUUAACACGAAAACUGUGAAAAGUACGACAUUGUUGACAUCUUUUUGAGAGAUCUAAAACAAAAUAUUUACCAUAAUUAAACUGGUAUCAAGUUUCUUUAGAAUUGUUUAAAUGAUGAAACUAAUAGAUUUUGUUCACAAAUAUUGUAUUGAAAUAACAAUUUCUUAUCAAUAGUUAGUUUUCAAUUGACAUAAAUUGCGUAAGAGUUUUUCCUCUUUGCUGUCAUGUUGGAGGUCAUCUUGAACAAAUUACUUCAUAAAUCAACAAAAUUCCACUUUUUAUACUGACUGCUAAACUAAAGAAAUUGUUGUUUUCUGAACAAUUUUAUUUUAAUUGAGCCUUGUUUAAUUCAUCACUUCGAUCUAGUAAGGAUUUGUUUUUGUGGCUUGCUUGUGCCACAUGUUUAAAUGUGGUAAGUCAGUUAAGGAAAUCAACCAGUUUGCCGUUCAAUUUGGCAGCUUAGGAAAAUAAUUCCAACUCAAAUUACAUCAGUUUAAAACUAUCUUAAGUAAAUCAUUGGUUAUUAAGUUAUAUUAAAAUAUUAUAUUUAAUUCAUUUACACAACAGGGUUAUGAAAGAUGAACAGGGAAUUUUAAUUGUAUAUUAAUGAACCUCAGUUACAUAGAUAUCUCUGAAUAUUUGUUUUCUUUUUGCAUGUAGCAAGUCAAAAAUUAUUCUUUCUUUUUUUAAUUUGAAAAAAAUAGAAGUAAAGAUAUUUUUAUCUAAAUAUUUAUUGAUAUUUGUUUUAUUGUUCACUUUUUGUUGUUAUUUUGGUUAUGGUGCAUGAGUAAAAUUUAUAAUCCUUGGCAGCCAGUCAUUAGUUUACAAAAUUAUUGAUUUAUAUCAGACAUUAAACAAAAUUUUAUUUUUUAGAAAUCUAUUUUUAACAUUAAUAGAUGUAUGCACCAAUGCUACACAUGUUUUAUACAACAAAUUAUCAUGUACAUUUGUAACCAUAGCGUAGUCCAUAUGUAAGAAGCAUUUAAUCAUAAAGUAUUAUUUAUGAA